ACGUUCGAGUCGUGCCGUGUAUUUGUAAGGAGCGGUUUCAGUCCAGUCCGAUGAUUUUCGUCAUAUAUAUUCGGACUGUCAGACUGAGCUGGUUACAAAAUGAGUGCAAAGCCCGUUUUUGUUGUUCAAAGUGACAUGGUUGAAAUGUCAAAGGUGCUUAAUGCAGCAGCAUUCCAGGAUCAUUAACAAGAACAGCAGCCGAGAGUUUCGACGGACUGCUUCUGUUGAACCAGGGCUUGUAAUAACAGGAAAAUAAAAAAGCUGAUGGUGGAAGACUGCAGGAAACGCAUGUCCAAGGCAUCUGGGAUUCCUAUAAUUCACGUGAUGGAUGUAGUUUCACCUUGCACAGAGGGAAUGACACAUGCUGUCACCCUGGAUUAACACAGACUGAUAUUCACCUAUUGCUUGGGUUUGUUAUGCACAAAUUAAGUGGCAAACUCCUUUUGGCAGGAUGUUGACACCAUGAAGGAUCAGGGAUAUUAAAUUAUAAUCUGGAUUAUUUUCAGGAAUAUUUCUGCCUACAUGCUCAUAAUUUGCAGUGCAGAAUGGCAUCGACAGAGAGAUUGUAUGAGGUUUGGAUGCUGUACUGCAAUAAGAAGGACCCAGACUACCUGAAACUCUGGCUGGAGAUCUUCAUCGGCUACUACGAGAGAUGUCUGGAUGUGGAUUUCGAGAAACUGCCCACCAGGUUGGAGGAGACGCCGCCCGUUAUGUCACUGCUACCAGACAACAUGUUGCAGGUCCUGCGUCUACAGCUGCUUCAGUGUGUGCAGAAAGCGUCUGAGGGGCUGGAGCCCGAGCAGCAGACUCUAGCUCUACUGCUUCUCAAGUUCCUCAUUGUCAUCUGCAGGAACCUUUCAAACGUGGAAGAGAUCGGCACCUGUUCCUAUAUCAACCAUAUCAUCAACAUGACAACACUAUACAUCCAACAGCUGAAGAGUAAGACGAAAGAGAAGGAACUGGCUGAUCAGACACAGGCCAAGGAGUUUGUCCGUCACGCUUUGGCCUUCUGUGAGAGUCUUUAUGAUCCCUAUCACAACUGGAGGCAUCGGUUUCAUGGACAGCAGCUCAGUACUGUGGAGCGAAGCAGACAGAAAUUUAAAGCAGCACCACUCACUGUAGAGUUUGUGCCCUUCUUCUACCAAUGUUUUCAGGAGAGUGAGCACCUGAAGGAAAGUCUUAAAUGUUGCCUUUUGCACCUGUUUGGAGCCAUUGUCGCUGGUGGACAGCGUAACGCUCUGUUGGCCAUCUCCCCGGCGACGAUGGAGGUGCUGGUGGGAGUGUUGGGUGAAGGUGAGUGUUUGACCGGAAGUGGAGAUGGAGAGGACUGGGACAGUGAGGCUCCGGACAGAAAGGCUCUGUUGACGCUAAGCUGUUUGAGAGAGGUGGUGCACAGACUGCUAACCAGCAGCUCUGACCAAAGACAGGUGGAGAUCAGCUCCGUGCUGGAGAGCUACUUUAAAUUGCUCAACUCCGACCCCGCCGCCACCACGCAGGUCAAAGAUCACCCGUCCCCACCCCGUUCGCGGCACUGGGAGAGCCGGUUUGUGGCACUACAGGUGAACAUGCUCGAAACCAUCCAGGAUAUGUUCGAGUGUACGGACCGACCCGUUCUGCAGGCCAUCUUCCUCAACAGCAACUGCUUUGAACAUCUCACAUGCCUUCUGCAGAAUAGUAAGGUAUUCCAGGGGAGGCUCGACACUCUUGCUGUGGCAACCAUAAAAACUCUCACGACUGUGAUGCACAAGUCACCUGCUGCAAAGGAAGUGUUUAAAGAACGGAUUGGCUACACACACCUGUACGAGGUGCUGGUGUCACUAGGUCAACCAUCAAGACAGCUGCUGAAGGAACUCAUGAACAUGGCCAUUGAAGGUGAACAUUCCUCCAUUGGUCUCCUGGGCAUCAGUAACGUGGAUCCUCUCCUGCUGUUGAUCCAGUGGCUCCCAGAGCUGGACUCUCCUGAGCUGCAGAUCUUCGCUGCCGAUUGGCUCCGCCGCAUCUGCGGUCUGAACCGGCGGACGCGAGCCACUUGCGUCAAUUCCUGCAUGACCAUUAGAGUUCUGUCGACUCUGGAGAGGCAUGACCGGCUGCACCGUGCCUGUGCUGAGAGUCUGGUAGGUUUGUUGGGUUCUUUGGGCAGCCAGUCCUUGAGUUCAGCAGAUCUCCAGCAUCUGCUGAGACUCCUGCGUCAGGAUGAGCUGGGCCUUGCUCACCCAUAUGUUGGCCCGGUACUGCGUUCGCUCCUUGGCAUGGUGCGCAAGCAAGGCCUAGAGAGCGCCAUGCAGUAUUUUGACCUGUCUCCGCCAAUGGCUGGCAUCGCCGUGCCGACCAUACUCCGUUGGCCAGGCUCCGCCUUUAGCUUCUUUGCUUGGCUGUCAUUGGAUCAAGAUCAACUGGGCCCACCCAGUAAAGGAGAGAAAAGGAAACAGUUGUAUAGUUUUUUCACCCCAGGCGGCACCGGGUUUGAGGCCUUCAUCAGUUCUGCUGGAGUGCUUGUGGUUGCUGUUUGCACUAAGAAAGAAUAUGUCACCGUCAUGCUGCCUGAGUACUGCUUUUGUGAUUCGCUGUGGCACAGUAUUGGUGUUGUUCACGUGCCAGGAAAGAAACUGUUUGGCCAGAGUAUGGUCUAUAUUUAUGUGGAUGGACAGCUGAAAUUAUCGUCACCUCUAAAAUAUCCAACCAUGACAGAGGCCUUCACAUCAUGCUGCAUCGGGUCAGCGGGUCACCGCACCACGACCCCUCCCCCCUCUCAAAUCCCUGACCCUCCUUUCUCCGGGGGUAAUCCAUCCGGCCGUUCAUCUUUGGGUGGGAUCCUCCCUGGCUGGGGCGUGCUUCUCGGAACCAAGCCUGAGUCCGUCACCAAACUAAUUUCUGCCGGGACGCAGGACAGCGAGUGGGGCAGCCCAACCUCACUGCAGGGUCAGCUGGGGAGUGUAAUGGUCUUUCACGAUGCCCUCAAUGCCACUCAUGUGAAAUCCCUCUGCAGUGCUGGACCAAACUGUAUUUCCCCCUUUAAAAGCCAAGAGGCUGAACUCGGAGACUUGACAACCAAACUUCUGCUACACUAUUCACCAAAGGCAUGUAGGAACCCAAUCUGCCUGGACUUGUCCCCUAAUCUGCUGUAUGGUCGCCUGACAGGAAAUAAAGUGGUCAACUGGGAUAUUAAAGACAUGAUAAAUUGUGUUGGAGGUCUUCCUGUGUUGCUUCCAAUCUUAGAACAGUUGACAUUGUUAACACCUGAGUUACAUCACAUUGACCACCUAGGGUCAGAGUACAUCACUCCUGACUCGACCACGCCUGCUGAUGGGGACUGGGUGAUACUGCCCACAAACAGAGCGUCAGAAGCCAGACUGGAGAAGAAUCUUGUGGCGACAUUCUUGUUGGUGAUCAAACAUUUCCUGCAGAGGCAUCCGAUAAACCAGGAAACUCUUCUGCACUCUCAUGGUGUGGCCACAUUAGGAGCUCUGCUUCAGAAGUUGCCAGCGUUUCUGGUGGAUGUAAGCGUGUUGGUGGCUGUCCAGUUGUUGAUCGAGCAGGUGACAUAUGAGAAGAACUCGCAGCUCCUGCAGCAGCUGCACACACACCUGCUCUUAAACUUCAGCAUCUGGAACAAAGGAGACUUCCCCCUGCGCAUCGGUCACAUCCAGUACAUGUCCACCGUCAUCAAAGACAGCAGGAAGCAGUUCCGCAAGAAAUAUGGAGUUCAGUUCCUGCUGGAUACCAUUCGCCUGUACUAUGGCUCUGAAAGUAAAGAUGGAGAUUUGAGUGAAGAUGAUGUUAAGACCAUCCGAGCGUCUCUCUGUGGCCUUCUCAAAUAUUACAUCAGCAAGGGCACCACCAGUGAAGAGAUGCAGAGCAUUCUGGGAUACAUUGCUGCCAGUGGAGAUGAGGAACAGCUGUGUGGGAUACUUGAGCUGCUUUUGACUCUGCUGCAGACGAGCACAGCGCGGGAUCAGCUCUUCCUGCUGUUGUUUGAACCAGGAGCGGCCGACUCUUGCUACGCUCUGCUGCUCAACAACAAACACACUGAUUGCCUCCGAGAGCUUGUUUUCAAGUUUUUUGAGCGAAUGCUGAAGUGUGAUCGUGUGUAUGAGAAGAGUAAACAGAGAUUGCGUUUGAGGGAUGUGGGUUACUCUGGACUAAGUCUGCUGUUCUCAGAUUUGCACCUCACCUCCACCCUCAUCAAGUGCCUGCUUCAUCAAGUGCUGUCCACAGAUACAUUGGUGAACUAUAAAGACCUGAUGGCUGUAGUUCAGCUGGCACAUAAAGCUAGUCCCAGUGUACGUCUGACCAUGUGCAAGAAGCUGUAUACGCUGUUGCAGUGUCAGCAGGAAGCAGCGCAUCAGAUCGCCAGGCAGAUGUGUUGGCAGGACACUUUGAUGCGUCUGUUUGUUCGGAGACCUGGGAGCGAUGGAGGUUCCAGUUCGGGCCGUGUCGGUGAUGCAGCCAGUCUGGGGAGUUUCGAACUGAAUCGCAGCAGUGGAGGAAACCGUUUUGAGCCACCUCUUGAGCGCAGAGCUCUUGGUGACAUUGUGGGGAGACUAUACGAAGAGCGAGACAGCGUGUCAGAUGGCGCUGGAGACAGCAGGUCCAUAGACAGUCUCGACAAUGGAGACCUGAUAUCUCUGUCCGAUACGCCCGGGGACAUGCCGACACCCAAAGCGUGGUCUGGCAAAGCAGGGGUCUUGAGUUUGGACCUGUCCCAAGUGCAUCACUUUAAUCCUGUGGACAGUGGCAGUCAGACUCCUGGGAGCAUGCCCAGCACUCCAUCUCCUCUGGAGAAUGCCAAACCUUAUCCUGGAACUUCCUCUCUGAAUGACGACAGCUUCCUCUUCAGUGAUAACUUGUCACUGGGAGAGUCUUUUAACAACGAGCGUACGGAGGAGGAACUGGCGCAUCUGCUGUUGGAAAUCAUCUUAUGUGUGAUGUUGAGGGGGGUGGAGGGCUCAGAUGAUGCCGCCUGGCUGGACAGGGGGCAGGUGUUCUCCGCCCUUACCAAACUAGGCACUGCCAAUGAGCUGCUGUUGCCUGUUGACCACAUCAAAAUUAGUCUAAUGGAGCGGAUGUUGGAGUGGGCGGUGACGGACAACAGAGAGGCGACGACGGCAACGUUACCUCAGCAUACAGAGAAUGCUGUGCGCCUUCUUCACAUUGUGCAAGACUUCCUGCAGGCUGAGGGUCUGGUGAAUCCGGCCCUGUGGACUGAGAAGGUUCUGGAGGAGACAGUGACUCUGAUGGAUGGGCUGAUGGUGUGGUAUGCCGCAGGGACGCAGUGGCUUCAGCUGUCUCAGGUGGGGCUUCGGCUGCUGCUUGGCUUCAUGGCACAGGAAGAUCCUCAGGUGUGUGCCAUGGCGACGGCAAAGCUGAACGGCAUCUUGCAGACAAAGACGAUUGACUCUCAGGAUGAGGCUUGCUAUCUUCUGGGUCGUGUGGAGGGUAUCCUCAGGCGCUCUGUGUGCGAGGAGCGAAUGGAGGAGAAAUAUUCAUUUUUAGUGCCUCUGCUCCGGACCCUCCUGUCUAAAGUUCAUAAACUCCUGUACAUGGAGCUGCACCUCCCUUCUCUUCCUGACAAUAAUGGAAGCCCAUCCUUCUUUGAAGACUUCCAGCUGUACUGCAGCUCUCCUGAGUGGAGGGUCUACCUCGACAAAUAUAUCAUCCCAUAUAUGAAGCAGUAUGAGAUUGAGACGUUCAGUCAGGGGCAUGAGAACAUGGCUCUCUACUGGAAGGGUUGUUACGAGGCCUUCAUGCUCAAUCUACACCGCAGAGACCGAGAGAGAGGAGAGAGCAAGAUACACUUUCAGGAGCAGUUUGUGGAGCCGUUCAAUCGUCGUGGGAGACAGGAGAACUUAAGGUACAAUAGCAUGCUCAAACAAAUCCACACGCAGAACAGCGCCAUCCUCAGGCAGUGGAGGGCAGCUCGCAGAGGACUCUUUUGUGAAAGAGGACCCUGGGUGGACAAGCAGCAGAAGGACAUGCACUGGAAGCUUUCUAGCGCUGAGAACUACUCACGUAUGCGAUUGAAACUUGUGAGGAAUUACAACUUUGACCCUCACAGAGAAGCAAGCGCACUGAGAGACAAUCUGGGUGUGCAGCACCCGCAGAUAAACACGGAGUCACUGCUAUUGGAGGCCGUGAAACAGGUGAAGGUCAGUGACUUUGAGGACGACAUCCUGGAACUCUUAGAGGAGGAUCCCACAUCGGCCAGUCAGGCUGAUUCCGAGGAGGUGGGUCAGAAGGAGAAGUUGAUGAUCUCAGAGGACUGUGAGCUGGUCACGGUGGUGGACGUGUAUCCGGGCCGUCUUGAGCUCACCACACAACACAUCUACUUCUAUGACAGCAGCACCGAGAAAGAGGAGGGUGUUGGUCAGGACUUCAAAUGGCCGUUAUCUCAAAUCAGAGAGAUCCACUUGCGCAGAUAUAACCUCCGCCGCUCAGCUCUGGAAAUCUUCCUCAUUGAUCAGACCAACUACUUCCUCAACUUCAAAAAGGAGGUGCGCAAUAAAGUGUACAGUCGGAUGCUGCUGCUUCGAUCUCUCUCACUGCACGACACACACUCACCUCAGGAGCUCCUCAAAGCCUCUGGACUUACACAGAAAUGGGUGAACCAUGAAAUCUCAAAUUUUGACUACCUGAUGCAGUUGAACACUAUUGCAGGGAGAACGUAUAAUGAUCUGGCUCAGUAUCCUGUGUUUCCCUGGAUCCUGUGUGAUUACACGUCAGAAGAGCUGGAUCUGUCUGAUCCACGUGUAUUCAGGGAUCUCUCUAAACCGGUGGCUGUACUAAAUGAGAGGAAUGCCAAAGCUGUCAGAGAAAAGUACGAGAGUUUCGAAGACCCCACUGGCACCAUUGACCGUUUCCACUAUGGCACUCACUACUCAAAUGCUGCUGGAGUCAUGCAUUACCUCAUCAGAGUCGAACCCUUCACGUCCCUACACAUCCAAUUACAGAGUGAAAGGUUUGACUGUGCUGACCGUCAGUUUCACUCCAUUCCGGCUACCUGGCAGACCCUCAUGGACAACCCCAAUGACGUCAAAGAGCUCAUCCCAGAAUUUUUCUACUUCCCCGAAUUCCUGGAGAACCAGAAUGGAUUUGACCUAGGUCGUCUGCAGAUCUCUAAGGAGAGGGUAAAUGAUGUCAUCCUGCCUAAAUGGGCUAAAUCCCCUGAGGAUUUUAUCUACAAGCACCGCAAAGCCCUGGAAUCAGAGUAUGUGUCCACCCAUCUGCAUGAAUGGAUUGAUCUGAUAUUUGGUUAUAAACAGCGGGGCCCAGCAGCAGUGGAGGCCCUUAAUGUCUUCUAUUACUGCACAUAUGAAGGAGCUGUUGAUCUGGAUGCUAUCACAGAUGAGAAGGAGAGAAAAGCUCUAGAAGGAAUGAUCAGCAACUUUGGACAGACACCCUGCCAGUUACUGAAGGAGCCUCAUCCUGUGCGUCUCUCUUUGGAGGAGCUGGUGAAGAGGAGAUCUCGUCUGGACUCCUGUCCUCUCAACAUCUUCGAGCACCUGACUGAACUCAAAUCGUUCUUCGUUGAGGGCAUCAGCGACAACGUUCCUCUGGUUAAAGCCAUUGUCCCCAAGAACCAAUCACAUUCCUUUAUCUCACAAGGAAGUCCAGAUACUCUGGUUACGCUGAGCCAGAACUGCCUGAUGGGAACUCAUGGCUGGCUGCCGUAUGACAAGAACAUAUCCAACUAUUUUACCUUCAUCAAAGACCCCACUGUAGUCAGUCCAAAGACUCAGAGGUUUUUGGCAGGGCCGUUCUCUCCAGGUGUUGAAGUCACAGCUCAUCUGUUUGUCGUGUCACAUGACGGGAAGCUGCUCUUCAGUGGAGGUCACUGGGACAACAGCCUGAGAGUGACAUCACUGGUCAAGGGCAAAACUGUGGGGCAGCACAUCCACCACAUGGACAUCGUAACAUGCCUGGCCACAGAUCACUUUGGGAUUCACCUGAUCUCUGGCUCUAAAGACACCACCUGUAUGGUGUGGCAGGUGCUACAACAGGGUGGUGCUCCUGUGGGUCUGUCCUCUAAACCACUGCAGGUGUUGUAUGGACACACAGAUGAGGUUGUGAGUGUGUCGAUAAGUACAGAACUGGACAUGGCGGUUUCUGGAUCUCGGGAUGGAACAGUGAUCAUCCACACUGUAAGGAGGGGUCAGUACAUGCGCUCACUUCGGCCACCAUCUGAAAGCUCUCUACCUGUCUCCAUCACGCACAUCGCUGUGUCCUGGGAGGGACAUCUAGUGGUGCACACCUGCAUAGAGGGCAAAGCCACUCUGAAAGAUAAGAACGCUCUGCACCUGUACUCUGUGAAUGGGAAACACCUGUGCAGUGUUGCUCUAAAGGAGCAGUUGACAGACAUGUGUGUUUCAGGAGAGUACGUUGUCAUCGGCAGUGAGCAGGGUUUCCUCUCAGUCAGAGAUCUGUACAGUCUGACUCUGUGCGUAUCGCCAAUGGCAAUGCGAGUGCCUAUCCGCUGUGUGUCCGUGACUAAGGAACCAUCUCACAUGCUGGUGGGACUCCACGAUGGCAAGCUGAUCGUGGUGGGUGUCGGAAAACCAGCGGAGAUGCGUUCUGGCCAGAUUACGAGGAAACUCUGGGGCUCCAGUAGGCGUCUCACCCAGAUCUCGUCUGGAGAAACAGAGUAUCACACCCAAGACCAGCACUGACCCUGCCACUAAAUCACUACCCUCCUGUUUGAUUGGUCCACUGCCCUGUCAAUCACCACUCUUGUCUCCCAAAAUCAUUGUUUCAGUUUGGAGGAUGGCUUUCCUCUUGCUGAAACAAUAUGAAGGAUUUUUUUAGUACAAAUGGCACCUUUAUGCAAAUCUGUGUACAUACCUGUGUGUGUGUGUGUGUGUGUGUGUUGAGCAGAACGGUUGUGUGUUUAUUUCUUGUAUGUUUUGCUAAAGGCCUAUAGUUGGAAUGGUGCAGGCACUAUUUAACUAUAUGUGUCAGAACCGUGAUGUUGACACUACAGUGACCCCGCCCUCUUUCUCGUUCUGCCACGGCCCUUAUGCCCUGCCCCUUUGCUAUCUACAUCACACAUUCAUCAUAAUCAUCAACAUCAUUAUCACAAGAUGUUUUGUCUCCACCAUCUUGGAUGCCAAAAUCUGUGGUUGCAUAUUCUUUGUGUUUUAUUUGGUUUUAAUGUAAGUUUCUAUUCAUUCCGAUGCUUUCAGUGGCCUUGUCAUAUUUUAUCACUUUCAUAGUUUAUCUUAAGUAACAUUUCUGAUUGUAUUUUGAUUGUUGAAAACCUAGAGACAUGCACAGGCUUUAUUUAUUUGCACAUUUGUGCAUUGGCACAGGCAAUAUGUGGAUGACAAUUUGCACCAUUUUAGUUCUCACAAUACAAUCACAAAGACAUUUUCACAUAAACUAAUAGAUUAAUGCAUACAAUGCUUUAUAACAAAACUGACAUUUGUGGGGUGUAAACAUUGACAUUCUAUGUGUAGCUGUUGAAUGGGUGUUCAUUUAUUACUUGAAUUGUGGUGUAGUUAUUUCAAUGACAAACAAAAUAUAUAUUUUUUAUGUUGUGGAUGUACAUUAUAUGUAGCCACAGUUGUAUAAGCUGUUCUACAGUUCAUAUAAUGGGUGAAUUUCACAAAACCUGUCAAGAACAUGUCUUGGCCAUAUUUCACCCCCAAAAUCAAUGAGAAAAUAUAUUUUACCUAAAGAAAAUGAAGCAUAUUUGUAGGAUUUUUAAGAUAUGUUGCAUCGUGGUAUUAUUUUCAUGAGAAUUAAGCACAAUUGUAAUUAUUUUUGCCCCUAAUUGUAAUUUUUGUACCGAAAAAAAUAAAAUUAUAAAUAAAUUUUAAAACACACACACACACACUGUACUGCUUUUAUGUUGAUAUGAAGAGAGAAAAAAAUGAUAGUAUUUAGCAUAUUUGUAAUAUAUUAUAAUAGUAAAGAAUAGUAGUAUAUUGUAUUUAAAUCAACAUAAAAGCAGUAAAAGAAUACAACCAUUGAGAAUUAUGAGAGCUGUGAACAAAUACUUAAAUGUAAAAUGUCAGAAUUGAUUAUCAUAAUGAGAAUAAGUUGGGCAACUGUGCUUACAGUAAAUGUCAUGAAAAUAAUAUUGUAAUAAAAAACUGAAUGGUCCUAAAAAUUAGCUUCAUUUUCUUUAUGCAUUAUUUAUUUAUAUCUCAGUUGAUUUUGGGAUGAAAUAUAUGGUGCUUUGAUCCCGCCAUGGAAUAUUAUUUGUUUUUUUGUUUUUUAUUCAGAAUGUAUCUCACAAUUUGUACUUUAUUUUUAUGCAAUUGCACCUUUAUAACUCGCAAUUCUGAGAAAAAGUCACAAUUGCGAGAAAUGAAGUUGCAAUUGCGUGAUUAAAAACUUAAGUUUAUGUGAUGUAAUUGCGAGUUGAUAGCACAAAAUUGUGACUUAAUAUCUCUCAAUUGUGAGAAACAAAGCUGGAAUUGUGAGAUAUAGUCAUAAUUUGCUCUUAUAAUUUUUUAAUUUCAUGGCAGGAUCCGGCUUUCAUAAAAAUGUGACCUGGCUACUACACAAUUUCGUUUUGUGCCUAUUUUUAAGAUUUACUCAUUUCAAUUUCAUAACAAAUUCCAUCAAAUUUAAUUGUGUAAUGUUUAACAAAAUCAAAUGUAUAAAAUAAUUAUAAAAAAAAAGAAAAAAAAAUAUAUAUAUAUUAUACACACCAAUCAGCCACAACAUUAAAACCACCUGCCUAAUAUUGUGUAGGUCCCCCUCAUGCCACCAAACAGCGCCAACCCGCUUCUCAGAAUAGCAUUCUGAGAUGCUAUUUUUCUCACCACAACUGUACAGAGCGGUUAUCUGAGUUACCGUAGACUUUGUCAGUUUGAACCAGCCUGGCCAUUCUCUGUUUAUCUCUCUCAUCAACAAGGCAUUUCAGUCUGCAGAACUGUCGCUCACUGGAUGUUUUUGUUUUUGGCACCAUUCUAGAGACUGUUGUGUGACUGUUGUGUGUGAAAAUCCCAGGAGAUCAGCAGUUAAAGAAAUACUCAAAUCAGCCCGUCUGGCACCAACAAUCAUCCAUGUGAUUAUCUAAUCAGCCAAUCGUGUGGCUGCAGUGCAUAAAAUUAUGCAGAAACAGGUCAGGAGCUUCAGUUAAUGUUCACAUCAACCAUCAGAAUGGGGAGAAAUGUGAUCUCAGUGAUUUGGACCGUGGCAUGAUUGUUGGUGCCAGACGGGCUGGUAUUUCUGUAACUGCUGAUCUUCUGAGAUUUUCACGCACAACAGACUCUAGAAUUUACACUGAAUGGUGCCAAAAACAAAAAAAUAUCCAGUGAGCGGCAGUUCUGUGGACGGAAACACCUUGUUGAUGAGAGAGAUGAACAGAGAAUGGCUAGAAUGAUUCGAACUGACAAAGUCUAUAACUGCUCUGUACAAUUGUGGUGAGAAGAAUAUAAUCUCAGAAUGCUAUUCUGAGAUGCGAGUUGGCUCUGUUAGGCACGAGGGGUCCUACACAAUAUUAGGCAGGUGGUUUUAAUGGAGUGUGAGUGUGUGUAGAUAGAUAGAUCAAUUUGGUUUGAUGGAAUUUUAUUACAUUUAAAUGUGUAAAUCUUGAAAUCCUUUUUUUAUGUGAAUGUUUUUGUGAGUCCCCCCUAAUAGAUUUGUUGUUCAAACAUUUAUCAGUAACUUUUUAUAAAAAAGUUUUUGCUUGAUAAAUCAUUAAAAUGACAGAGGAGGAAAACUUUUGAAGGGCUCCGUGUGAAAUUAAAGUAAGCAAUACAGUUUGUUCCUCAGAUUUCGGUUAGUGAAUCAUUCCAUGGUAACGCGCUUGCUUAUCGAUAUUCCACAGUCUUCCUUGUUUCCAAACAGAGCACUACAUAGGGGAGGGGGUGCUUGUGUAAUACGGGAUCAGCUAGAACCAAUGUUUCAUAUUUUGUUAGACAGGUGACAUGCUGUUUUCUGUGUACCCUCCUCUUUGAUAUUUCUAUGCCAUACAGUCUUUUUGUAUUAUUCAGGUAAUCUUCCAGGCCUUAGAGUUUCAGACUGAUGUUCUUACUCCUCCAUAUGCAGUUAUUUUCUUCAUAAUAGACAGAAAAUGUGCGUGUGAACAUAAUUAAAUGUUUGUCUGCAUCGGUUUUGUUUGAAAGGUUGUUUUUUUAAAGGACUAUUUCCCCCGUAAAUGUAAAUGUAAAUUUUGUGGGUAAAUGAUGAUUCUUGGGUUAUUAUCUAGCUAUUCCUUUAAGUUUUUUACAUUAGUCUCUCUGGGUAACAAAUUUCAUUACUGUACUAAAGGACUGAGCAUCGUGGUUUUUACAGAUGAUUGAUGAUAUGAAGAUUAUUAUUAAUGAAGAUACUAAUACCAAAUUCCACAUAUCUUGAUCAGAAUAGAUGUUCAUUUUAUUAGGUGUGUGUUUUAUAUUCUUCCAUAAAUGUGUGUUAGGUUGCAAUGGUGCUGACCUGCAAAAUUUUGAAUUGAAGUCAGAACUGGGAUGGAGUGUGUUGUGGGGUUUAUUUGUUCUGGAAAUUAUACCAAGAGAUCAAUGCUUUGUUUAUCCUAUUUUUUUUUUUUUUAUUCUGAAACUCUUUUUGUUUUUUUCAAAUGGGAGAUCCCAAACAUGGCUGUUUAUACUCACAUCUGGAUGUAGUUUUUCCUCUACUUAAAUUAAUGGAGUGCCUUUUUAUUCUCUGUCGUCGUGCAUUUAGACUCAAACUGUAUAGCAUGACUGUUCGUGGCCCCUCGUUGACAGUCAUGGUUUCUGCGGGAAACAUACAAACUUCAGCAGUGAUCUAUGAGAUACUGAGCUGCUUUACUUUAGUCUCUAAUGGACGUGUGUGUAAAUCUGUGCUUAUUUAUGAAUCCAAUAUGAAAUGUACAGCAUGAAUUUUAUUUCAAUGUCCAUGAAUUGUAUUUUUUAUUUUUUGUACUUUCCAGGUAUGACAAAUUGUAAGAGAUUGUUUUAAAUGUCUUCUUGAUCAGUACAAAGAAACUGCUUUGUAUACGUGAAGAUUUAUCAUUAAAGCCCUGUUGAA